AUGGAAGCAGAGAUAACAAACUCGCAAGCCGGUCUACUACAAAGGAUGGAAGAAAUGUUUAAGAAACAUGCUACAGGUGGAAGGAUUGUGGAUGACCAACUAAUGUCAUCCGAGCAAGAUCCAUCACAUCCUCCAGGGUUUGGAGCUGGAGCAUCACAUCCUGCGGGGUUUACUUCUGACCCUCAGUACCCACCAGGGUUUACACCAGAAUCCCGUCCUCCUCCUGGUUUCACACCUAUACAUAUAUCCGCUCAUCCUUCGGUACCUCAAGAAACUCGACCUCAUGUAUAUGUUAGCAAUGAGAAUCAGCAGCACCACAUGGGAUCCACAUUCCCAAACAUUUAUCAGCCUGUUUCAGGUGUAAGGAUAGGGGAAUUUAAUACCGAGCAUUUAACCCCGGAUCUGAACGAGUUAGCCGAGAAGGAAAAAGCCAAUGAACAGAUAAAUCAACAAUUGAAGAAAUUGGAAGAAAGGGUAAAAUCGGUAGAAGUGAUUGAACCGUUCUAUGGGUCUGAUGCUAGAGAGUUAAGUUUGGUCCCAGAUCUGAUUAUCCCUAUAAAGUUCAAGGUUCCCGAGUUUGAAAAAUACAAUGGAACCACUUGUCCUUCAUCUCAUAUAACCAUGUUUUGCCGGAGGAUGGCUGGCCAUGUGAACGAUGAAAAACUGUUGAUUCACUGUUUUCAAGACAGUUUGACAGGUUCUGCCGCUAAGUGGUAUAACCAAUUAACUAGGGCUCAUAUCAAAUCAUGGAAGGACUUGGCAAAAGCAUUCCUAGAACAGUAUCGCCAUGUUACAGAUAUAAUUCCUGAUCGGUGGACUCUUCAAAAUAUGGAAAAAAGAAGCAAUGAAACUUUCCGACAAUAUGCUCAAAGGUGGCGUGAUGUUGCUGCACAGGUCCAACCCCCUUUACUCGAAAAGGAGGCUACUGUAAUUUUUGUCAAUACUUUGAGAGCUCCGUAUUUGGGGCAUUUGCUUGGAAAUGCCACCAAAAAUUUUGCUGAUUUGAUCAUCUCUGGUGAGCUCAUCGAAAAUGCUAUAAGAAGUGGCAAGAUUGAAGUAGUUGAAGGGUCUAGCUCCAAAGCAGAUGUGGUACGCCCCUACCGUUUGACCCCUCUUCAACCACCGUACCCUCAUUGGUAUGACGCAAAUGCGCAUUGUGAUUACCACGAUGGAAUUGCUGGUCAUUCUAUAGAGAAUUGUUAUGCCUUCAAAAAGAUAGUGCAGAAUCUGAUUAACACAGGAGGAUUACAAUUUGAUUCACCAGAUGCAUCAACACACCCACUACCGAAUCAUGGAGAGAAAAUAAAGGUAGUUGAAGGUGAAGCACCAGUAGGCAACUUGAUGACUGGAAUAGUGAAUGAAGUCGGGCACUUCACGAGAAGUGGGAGGUGUUAUUCUCCUGAGAUGUCAAAAGAAAUGGACAAAAUGAAGGCAAAAGGAAAAACUGUGGUGGUACCGCAAAAGAUAUUUGAUGAUGAACUCCCACCAAUGAUCAAUGAGCCGGUAACAGAAACGCAAGCUCAAGAAUUCUUGAAGUUUUUAAAACAUAGUGAGUAUAAUGUAGUUGAACAGCUACACAAGCAACAAGCACGGAUUUCGAUUCUAGAUUUGUUAAUAAAUUCAGAAGUACAUCGGAAUGCUUUGUUAAAAGUGCUCAAUCAAACAUUUGUGCCUGAGGAUAUAUCAGUGAACAAGUUGGAUCGAAUUGGGCACAUAGCUGCUGACAACUACAUAACUUUCACUGAUGAUGAAAUUCCUGAUGGUGGAAUGGGAUCAGUAAAAGCCCUCAAUAUCACAACUCAUUGUCAUGGUCAUGUCUUGUCAGGCGUUUUGAUUGACAAUGGGUCUGCACUUAAUGUUAUGCCUAUGGCCACAUUACGGAGGUUACCGGUGGACAACUCACAUAUGAGGGCCUACCAAAACAUUGUUAGAGCUUUUGAUGGAACCCAGCGGGAUGUGCUUGGAAAGAUAGAGAUACCACUGUUGAUUGGACCAACUGUCUACAAUAUUGAUUUUGUGGUGAUGGACAUCAAUCCCUCAUAUAAUUGUUUGCUUGGGAGGCCAUGGAUUCAUUCUGCAGGGGCAGUCCCUUCGUCCUUGCACCAAAAAUUAAAAUUCGUGACAAAUGGCCAGUUGAUUAGUAUUGGGGCAGAGGAAGAGAAGCAACAAUUAGCCAGAGCAAUUGAUGAAGAAGAGCAGAUGAAAGACAGAGACUUGUUCAAUGAAGCUAUGGAGGGUUUGGAUGUUCCUAACGAACUAUUAAGACUGGUAGAAAAGGAGGACAAACAAAUCUUACCUCACCAGGAAGAAACUGAGGUUAUAAACUUGGGAACUGAUGAUGACAAGAGAGAAGUUAAAAUCGGCAGCACACUUUCUGUUGAGAUAAGGCAAGAAUUGAUAGAUCUGCUCCGAGAAUUCAAGGAUAUCUUUGCAUGGUCUUAUCAAGAUAUGCCAGGACUGAGUACAGACAUAGUGGUGCACAAGCUUCCGAUAAAGCCUGAGUGUAAGCCAGUUCAGCAAAAGCUCAGAAGAAUGAAGCCAGAAAUGUUAUUAAAAAUUAAAGAGGAAGUGAUGAAACAGAUUGAUGCAGGGUUUCUUCAAGCGGCAAAGUAUCCGGAAUGGGUCGCAAACAUAGUCCCUGUGCCAAAGAAAAAUGGGAAAGUUCGCAUGUGUGUGGAUUACAGAGAUCUUAAUAAAGCAAGCCCAAAAGAUAAUUUUCCAUUGCCUCAUAUAGAUACUUUAGUGGACAACACUGCUGGUCAUUCGUGGUUUUCUUUUAUGGAUGGCUUCUCGGGGUAUAACCAAAUAAAAAUGAACACUGAAGAUAUGGAAAAAACUACAUUUGUGACUAUGUGGGGCAUAUUUUGCUAUAAAGUGAUGCCAUUUGGUUUGAAAAAUGCUGGGGCAACUUACCAAAGAGCUAUGGUGACUCUUUUCCAUGACAUGAUGCACAAAGAGAUUGAAGUGUAUGUGGAUGACAUGAUUGCCAAGUCCAGGACUGAAGGAGAACACAUUCAAAACUUGAGGAAGCUUUUCCAAAGACUGAGAAAAUAUCAAUUGAAACUCAAUCCAACUAAAUGCACCUUCGGGGUAACAUCAGGGAAGCUUCUGGGUUUCGUGGUUAGUCAAAGAGGAAUUGAGAUCGAUCCAGAUAAAGUAAAGGCCAUUCAAGAUCUUCCACCACCUCGUACUCAGAAAGAAAUUCGAGGUUUCCUAGGAAGGUUAAAUUAUAUAUCUCGAUUCAUUUCACAAUUAACUGAAAAAUGUGAUCCAGUUUUCAAAUUACUUCGAAAGAACAACCCCGAAGUUUGGAAUGACGAGUGCCAAGAGGCUUUGGAGAAAAUCAAGAGAUAUUUGUCUAAUACUCCAGUUCUGGUGUCACCAGUUCCUGGUAGACCAUUGAUCCUUUAUCUAACGGUCUUUGAGAAUUCGAUGGGAUGUGUGUUGGGGCAGCAUGACGAAUCUGGAAAGAAAGAGAGAGCCAUCUAUUAUCUAAGCAAAAAGUUCACCGAUUGUGAGAUCCGAUACUCGCCAAUUCAAAAGCUAUGUUGUGCUUUGGUAUGGGCUACUCGAAGGCUCAGGCAAUACAUGUUAUACCACACUACUUGGUUGAUAUCUAAGCUUGACCCUUUGAAAUAUUUAAUGGAAUCACCGGCUUUAACUGGUAGAUUGGCUAGAUGGCAGAUGUUGUUAUCAGAAUUUGACAUUGUAUAUGUGAAUCAAAAAGCAAUCAAAGGGAGUGCCAUAGCAGAUUUCCUUGCAAGUCGUGCUUCAGAUGAUUAUGAGUCCUUGAACUUUAAUUUUCCAGACGAGGAUUUGAUGUGCAUUACAACCAAGGAGGAAACAAUUUCAGAUGAUAAAUCCUGGAGGUUGUAUUUUGAUGGGGCAUCUAAUGCUUUAGGACAAGGAAUUGGAGCGAUACUGAUUUCCCCGGAAAAUGUCUAUUAUCCUUUUACAAGCAGAUUGGAGUUCUUUUGCACCAACAAUAUGGCAGAAUAUGAAGCUUGUGCUAUGGGAUUAAGAGCAGCUAUAGAGAAAAUCAAAGUGCUCCAAGUAUAUGGAGACUCCUCAUUAGUGGUGUAUCAAUUGCGAGGAGAAUGGGAGACAAAGGAUCCAAAGUUAGUGGAAUAUCGAAGAUUGAUCCUUGAAUUGGUAAAAGAAUUUGAAGAUGUCAAUUUCAAUUAUCUCCCUCGAGAAGAUAAUCAAAUGGCAGAUGCUUUGGCCACACUGGCUACAAUGUUCCAAGCAAAUAGAAGAGUUGAUAUGAUGCCAAUUAAAAUGCAAAUAUAUAAAACCCCUGCACACUGUUAUGAUAUCGAAGAAGAGGUAGAUGAUCGUCCAUGGUAUUAUGACAUUUUGCAAUACAUCAAGCAUCAAAUUUACCCACUACAUGCAUCUGAGAUCGAUAAAAAGACAAUAAGGAAGAUGACUGCUGAAUAUGUAUUAGAUGGGGAAGUUUUGUACAGAAAGGGUAGUGAUCAAGUUUUGAUGAGAUGUGUAGAUGCCCGAGAAGCGAGAAGUAUACUUGAAGAAGUGCAUGAAGGGAUAUGUGGAACACAUGCAAGUGGGCUUUCUAUGGCCAGGAAGAUCAUGAGAUAUGGAUAUUAUUGGGCCACUAUGCAUUCAGACUGUGUUGAUUAUGUAAGAAAAUGUCACAAAUGUCAAAUUUAUGGUGAUAAGAUCCAUGCAUCUCCGUCACCUUUGCACGUGAUGACUGCACCAUGGCCGUUUUCUAUGUGGGGCAUGGAUGUCAUUGGGGCAAUUACACCAAAGGCUUCGAAUGGACAUCGCUUCAUAUUUGUGGCAAUUGAUUAUUUUACUAAGUGGGUUGAGGCUGCCUCAUAUGCAAAUAUCACAAGAUCUACAGUUUGCAAAUUCAUAAAGAGAGAGAUAAUCUGCCGGUAUGGGUUGCCAGAAAGAAUCAUCACAGAUAAUGCCACCAAUUUGAACAAUAAAAUGAUGGUAGAACUUUGUACUCAGUUCAAGAUAAAGCAUUCUAAUUCAGUGACCUAUCGUCCAAAGAUGAAUGGGGCAGUGGAAGCAGCAAAUAAAAAUAUUAAAAGGAUCAUCACAAAGACCACUGAGACUUACAGAGAUUGGCACGACAAAUUACCUUUUGCUUUAUAUGCAUAUCGUACUACAGUGCGAACUUCGACAGGGGCAACGCCUUUCUCUUUAGUUUACGGGAUGGAGGCAGUCUUGCCAGUGGAAAUAGAAAUCCCAUCACUUCGAAUUCUGAAAGAGGUGAAGUUGGAUGAAGCUGAAUGGGUUCAGGCUCGGUUUGACCAAUUGAAUCUCAUUGAAGAAAAGAGAUUAAAAGCUAUUUGCCACGGUCAGAUGUAUCAGAAACGGAUGAUGAGAGCUCAUGAUAAGAAGGUUCAUCCUAGAGAAUUUCGAGAGGGUGAUCUAGUGCUAAAAAAGAUUCUGCCAAUUCAUAAAGAUUUCCGAGGAAAAUGGAUGCCUAAUUGGGAAGGUCCAUAUGUUGUCAAUAAGGCCUUCUCUGGGGGAGCAUUGAUUUUAGCAGAGAUGGAUGGGGAAAAACUGAGAAAUCCGGUAAACUCAGACUCUGUUAAGAAGUACUAUGCUUGA